CUUGCUUCCCGCCUUCCCCGGAGGCCCUCUUGCGACGCCAUGGACGUGAGAGAUGACACCGCCGUCGUGGUACCCCCCUCUCCGGAGCCGGUGGUGGCCUCUUCAGCGAAGAUGCCCCUGGACACGGAGACUGUGGCUGCUCCGGCAUCCGAGGAGGCGUCGGGUCCCGUUGUCGUUGAAGACGGGGAGAAUGGUCUGGCGCCCCCGGCGGCCGUGGCCUCCUCCGCCGCGGUAGUGAGCUCCGACGAAACGAGCGGGAAAGAGGAUACUGCUGAAGUAGCACCACCUGUGGAAGAACUGCCCGAGGAUACAAAGGCAGCUCUGGUGAAGCAGGUGGAGUUUUACUUCAGCGACGAGAACCUGCCCACGGACGCCUUCAUGAAGAAAAAAGUUAAGGCCGGCGGGGCGCAAGGCUGGGUGCCGCUCAAGGUGAUCUGUAGCUUCCCGAAGGUGAAGAAGAUGUCGAAGGACAUUCGCGCGAUUGCUCUAGCCCUGGAGGACUCCCAGGCUCUGGUGGUGGCUAAGGCGACCCGCGUAAGGCGUAAGACGCCUUUCAAGUUUCCGGACAAGGACGGCAGGGCUGACGUCACCUCCCGUACAGUUGUGGCCGUGAAUAUUCCCGCGGAGUCGACGGUGGAGUCCCUAACGCCUUUCUUUUCGUCCUGUGGGGUGGCGGAGCUGAUCCGCGUGAUCCACAAGAGCAAGACGGCGGGGACGACCAAGACUGACAAUAGGAGCUCAGGAAUUCAGGCGCCGGCGGGACCGAACCGAGAUCUAUACGCGACCUGCCAAUUCUCCACCCUGGAAGAGGCCAUCAGGGCUGUGAACGAGCUUACCGAUAGGAAAAGUUGGCGGGGGGGGUUGCGGGUGUCGCUGGCGAACGGAGUGACGGUGGAAAAGGCCCUGGCUAAGCUGAAAGCGGCGUCCAACAAGAAGGCCAAGCAGGAACAGAAGCAAAGAGUAAACUCGAGAUCGCCCGUCGACCGCGGCCAAAGGAACGUCCGCGACGGGCAGAUGCGCUCCCGCUCCCUGACGGAGCUGGAGCUAGAGAGAACCGCUGGUGCGAGUGGCGGGGCAAGCAGCCGGGGCGGAGGGAAACCUCGGAAUUCUAGGGAGAACCAGCACCAUGAUGAACAUGAAGCCUCACCAGAAGAUGAGGGUAGCAGCGGGGACGGGGGGGAAGCGGCGCCGACGACGCGCAAGCCUCGGUCCGUGUCGAACGUGGACGCCCUUUUCAGCAGCAGCACCGGCGGGAGCGGCGGAGGGAUUGAGAACGGGUCCCCACCCCGCCAUACCAUGGGCAGCGCUGGCGAUGGCCUCCCGCGGAAGGGCGUGGUGCAGACGCUGUCGUCGGAGGGAUGGUCGUGGAUCAAGAAGGAUGGCCAAGGUUCUCGCAAGAGCGGCAACCGCAUCCCCUUCGUGAUGGGGGAUGUAGUGAUGAAGGACGGAGAGCAGCGGCAGCCCUUGCAAAAGGGCGACCACGUGGAGUACCGCGUCUGGAAAGACACGGAAGGCAGGUCGAUGGCCGUAAGAGUUGAGCGGGCCAAGGAGAGACCGCGGCCGGCUGGAGGCGCGGUGGGCAGUGGCAGCCGGUCCACUCAGGCACAUUUUCGGUAA